UCAGGGGGGUCGAGGGAGCAGUGAUCUCAGGGAGACGGGCACCGGAGCCUGGCGGGGUGAUAUCGGUGUGCGGCAAAUGGUUAUGAGUCUUCGAGUUUCUGAAUUGCAAGUACUUCUUGGUUACGCCGGACGCAACAAACACGGUCGCAAACACGAACUCCUCACCAAAGCCCUACAUUUGUUAAAGGCUGGGUGCAGCCCUGCAGUCCAAAUGAAAAUAAAGGAACUUUACCGGCGACGUUUUCCUUUAAAAAUCUUAACUCCUGCAGACUUUUCCCUUCCCAGUGUGCACUCCAGCACAAUGCCCACCAACCUGUCUCCAACCUCCAUUCCUUCGCUUUCAUACGACAGUCACCCUGCAUCCUCUCCGCUGCUUCCUGUUUCUCUUUUGGGACCCAAACAUGAACUAGAGCUCCCACACCUCACAUCCAACCUCCACCCCGUCCAUCCGGACAUAAAACUGCAGAAGCUGCCCUUCUAUGACCUGCUGGAUGAGCUUAUCAAACCCACAAGUUUAGCCUCUGAUAACAGCCAGCGCUUUCAAGAAACAUGCUUUGCAUUUGCAUUAACCCCGCAACAAGUUCAGCAAAUCAGCAGCUCCAUGGAUAUCUCUGGGACAAAGUGUGACUUCACAGUACAAGUACAGCUUAGGUUCUGCCUUUCGGAAACCAGCUGUCCUCAAGAAGAUCACUUUCCACCCAAUCUGUGUGUGAAAGUGAAUGGGAAGCCAUGUAAUCUACCAGGUUAUCUUCCACCAACCAAAAAUGGAGUUGAACCAAAGCGACCAAGCCGACCAAUCAACAUUACCUCACUUGUGCGACUGUCUACAACUGUUCCCAACACAAUUGUGGUGUCUUGGACAGCAGAAAUUGGAAGGAAUUUUUCCCUUGCUGUUUAUCUGGUCAAGCAGCUGUCAUCGUCCAUAUUAUUACAGCGGUUACGAGCAAAAGGGAUCCGCAACCCAGACCAUUCCAGAGCACUGAUUAAGGAAAAGCUCACAGCUGAUCCGGACAGUGAAAUUGCUACAACUAGUUUACGAGUUUCUCUCCUGUGUCCGCUUGGCAAAAUGCGGUUGACCAUCCCCUGCAGAUCGCUGACCUGCUCUCACUUGCAGUGCUUUGAUGCCACUCUCUACAUCCAGAUGAAUGAAAAGAAGCCAACCUGGGUGUGUCCUGUCUGUGACAAAAAGGCUCCAUACGAGCAUUUAAUCAUAGACGGACUCUUCAUGGAGAUAUUGAAAUGUUGCACAGAUUGUGAUGAAAUUCAGUUCAAGGAAGAUGGGUCAUGGUCACCCAUGAAGUCAAAGAAAGACGUACAAGAGGUCAAAAACUCUUACAAUGGAGUGGACAGUGGAUGUAUCAGCAGCACUGUGGAUAAUCAAGUGAGCUCUCAUCAGCAGUCUCACAAAAAUAAAAAGGUGGAGGUGAUUGAUUUGACAAUAGACAGCUCAUCUGAUGAGGAGGAGGAAGAACCAUGCCCGAAACGUAGUUGCCCGUCCAUCACUCCAGCAUCCCCAAUUAGCAAUAAGAGUAUGUUAAGUCUCCCUCACCAGGCCUCUCCUAUCUCUCGGACACCAAGUCUGCCUGCUGUGGAUUCCACGUACAUCAAUACACCCCUCAUCCAAGAUUACAGACAUCCUUUCCACAUGGCACCCAUGCCAGACUACUUACAAGGACUGGAUUUCUUUCCAUUCUUAUCGGGGGAGAACCAACAUUACAAUACUUCUCUACUUGCAGCAGCUGCCGCCGCAGCUACAGAGGAGCCUGAUUUGCUUCAUUCUUCGCGUUUCUUUCCUUACACCUCCUCUCAAAUCUUCCUGGACCAGCUAAACGCAGGUGCAAGUGCUUCACUCCCAGCAACUAAUGGAAGCAACAGUGGCAGUAACAGCAGUUUGGUUUCCUCAAACAGUCUACGCGAGAGCCACAGUGCAGCAAGUCGGGGACCAGCAGACAGUUCGUCUCUCUAUGGCAUCAUACCAGAUGUAAUCUCCUUGGACUGAUGGCCUGUUGAACAUGACCCCUUUCACACACACCCUGAGGACCCUAAAUCCCAUCCAGUACCCAGUUCCUUUAUUUUAUUUUUAAGGGAAAUGCUAAAGAUAAAACUACUAAAAGAAAACAAAAAAAGACAUGUACAGAGAACAGAACUAUAUUUUCAGUUUUACUUUUGUAUAUAAACCGAAGACUUGACUCACAUGGUAACAAAAACUGAGAUAUGGACCCACCUUUUCCCCUGCACUUCCAUGUUAAUUUUCAAACUGCACCCUGGAGACACUCUUGGUCCAGAGCUCUCCAUCCCAGUUAGUAUAUGUUUUAUUUUUCUUUCCCUUGGCUUCACGGCAUUGCAAAUCUAAUUUAAUUACUCCUGGACCCCUUUACAGCAGACACAGUAUUGGUUACUCUCUCCUCUCUGGCCCUGAGGGGUGAAAUCAUUCAUUCCCUGAAGGAUUCUCCAUUCCUGAAACUAAGCUGGAGUGAUAUUUUGUUUUCAUUUAAACUCGGCACUUUUAACAAAGUAUUUAUUCUAAUGGAAGUCACUGCGGCAACCAUAGCAUUGGUUUCCUAUGGUCAGUGCGGGAUGUGGCUGGUGGAUUUUGAGUAUCAUAAUUUAAUUUUUGUUUUUGCCAAUAAGUGAACAUUUCAAAACCAAGCACUUCAGUGCCCUACAACACUGAAAGCUGGUGUUGAAGUUUCAGUUCUAGCUGAACUGUAUAUGUGCAAGAAAGACCACAGUUUAUAGUGUGACACAAUGUUCUAUUCUCAUUUAUUUGGUUAAUAAAUGUCAUGGCUUUAACAUUUAGAUAAUGGCACUGUAUAGGAAGCUCCCUUGCUGUUAGGUUCUUUGAUUGGGUAAGACUCAAAGGCAUCUACAUUGACUGUCAUUAACUGCAGAUUGCUAUAUUCUUGUAUGAUCAAAUCGUAGUUUGAACCAAAUUCAGAAUGCAGCCCUAUGCCUGUAUUUUGUGGCAGUUAAAAAAA